AGGAGCAGAUGAACAAGGAACACCUGAGCUUUGUAGCAGUAAGAAUUAGAUUGAAAAAGACCAAGUGGAGGGAAGAUGGAGACCUCAACAGCUGUGAUCUCAGCUUCCAUCUCUUGGCUGUGGGCCCAGGCCUCAUCCUGCUGGAACAACAUCACAUCAUUGCUGAUCUGUUUUCUCUUGCUGGCUCUGCUGCUUGAUUAUGUGAUAUACAGGAAGAGAAGCAGUCGCUUUCCACCAGGACCUACCCCUCUGCCUUUCGUUGGGAACUUGUUGAAAUUUGAUUUCAAGAAUCCAGAAGUCACUGUCCAACAUUGGACAAAGAAGUAUGGAAUAGCAAUCUUAAUCCACGCUGCAUGGCAAAAAUAUGUUAUACUGAGUGGGUUCAAGGUGAUAAAGGAGGCAUUUGGACAGAAAGCUGAGGAUUUUGCUGACCGACCAGACCUGCCAUUGUUGAAUACAGCAGGCUACACAAAAAAUUGUGGCGGAAUAUUCAUGGCAACACACAGCGAUGGCUGGAAGGAGCAGAGGAGAUUCUGUGUCUCCACCCUGAGAACCUUUGGGAUGGGAAAGAGAACACUUGAAUGGAAGAUAUCUGAAGAAGCUGGAUAUUUAUGUUCUGAAUUCAAAUCACAAGAAGGUUCUCCUUUUAACCCACGAGAACUUUUGAACAAUGCAGUUGGCAAUAUUAUCUGCAUCCUAACAUUUGGUGACCGCUUUGACUACAAUGAUGUGACCUUCCUACAGCUAAUUCAUUUGACUGAGGAAUUCAUGAGGACAACUACCAGAUACCUACCUCAGCUUCUAGUUCAAAGAUCCUGGUUGUCCUUUGUUCCUGGACCUCAUCAGAGAAUUAAGAAACACUUUAAUAGUAUUAGCGUCAUAAUAAAACAAAUUGUGAAUGAACAUAAAAAAACCAGGGAUCCCACACUUCCAAGAGAUUUGAUCGAUGCAUUUCUGGAGGAGAUAGAAAAGGUGAAAGAGAAUCCAGAGAGCAGUUUUAAUGAGCAAAAUCUUAUCAAAGUUAUUUUUGACCUGUUUGGGGCUGGCACUGAAACGACUUCUUCUACCCUUCUCUGGGGGAUACUGGAAAUGGUCCUUCAUCCUGAGGUCCAAGAACGAGUCCAUGAAGAAAUUGAGGAAGUGCUUGGCAGGGACAAACCACCCACAAUGGCGGACCAACCAAACAUGCCUUAUACUAAUGCUGUAAUCCACGAACUCCAGCGGUGGGCUGAUAUUAUACCAUUUCCAUUUCCUUAUUCACUGCACCAAGAUGUUCAAAUUGACAAGUUUGUCAUCCCUAAGGGAACCACAGUCUUCAGUUAUUUGUCUUCGGUGCUGAAGGAUGACACCAUGUGGGAGAAACCUCACCAGUUUUAUCCCGAGCACUUCCUAGAUGCCAGCGGACAGUUCGUCAAGAGAGAGGCCUUUCUCCCUUUCAAUGCAGGGAUCUUGAGUUCUGAUGCUAAAAAAAACAGAAGACGUUACUCGGCAAUUCCAACCGCAGCUGCCCUAAACGGCAGCUACCCAACAGCACGUUCAGUAGGCUUGAAGAUGGGCAAGGGAGAAAGCCACAACGGGGGAUGGCGAGGCAGACACAAGGCGCGUGGCACACGGUUACCCUAUAGCAUAUGA